AUGCAGGACCCCAGUGAGGGCCUACACGGGAGAGCAGGGGUUGAAGAAGGCGAGGAUGGCGAGCGCAGCCCUCGCACCCCCGGGGCCCAGCCUAGCGCUCAAGGUUCGGCGACCGAAGGUGACCGUGGCAACUCUUCUCAGAGCGGCCUGCGAGAUUCCAGUGGCCUGGCUGCUCCCGGGAGCCCGGCUGCUCCGGGGAGUCCCGCUGCUCCCGGGAGCCCGUCUCCUCCUGGGAGCCCGCCUGCUCCCGGGAGUCAGGCUGCUCCGGGCAGCCCCAGCCCAGGGAGCCCUGCAGGGUCCGGAGCAGCUGCUGAAGAGGCAGCUGUGGGUCCCCACAGCGAGCAGGUGCCACUUCUCCCUGGGCCCAGUGGAGACACUACCUCGGCAGCGACGAGCCGGCUCCUGGAGUUCUCUGUAACAGUGCCUUUCCGGUCUGCGGUGGAGGCAGACAUGGCCCGCAGGUCCCUGAUCGCCAGUACCCGACGCCAGCAAGUGAUGAUUCAGCAGGAGUUCACAGUGACCGACAGUGUCCUGGCUGUUAGGUGGACUACUGAAGACCCUGUCUUCUUCCGGAUUUCCAUCAACACUUUCCUUGACCACCUCUCCCUCGUGAUGAGAAACAUUCAGCGCCUGGAGUUCGUGGCUGUUGUCAAACGGGGACGGGGAAGGAGUCAUGAACCCUAA